AAUUAUGAAGGGAGAAUUAGAUGAUUUUUUUUCUUAAUUUUGAUUUGUUGCUGAUUUGGGUUAUUUUGAUUUGGAGCUCACUUGUAAUUUAUUGGAUUAAGCUUGGGCUGAGUACGGGACGCGCUGAUCUUAGGCUAGGUGUUUAGGAUUACCGGCGAAGCCCGGUGCGAAACCGGCUCUUGAACGGGACGCUUUUAUGAUGGGCCUCGACGUAAUUAACUUUAAAAUAAUCCUAAUCCGGAUUAAAGAUUCCCGCUCGACCCGGAAAAGCUAAGCUAAUUAACCCUUCAAUUUCAAUCCUAGUUCGCCGCCAAGACGCCCUGGUCUCCUAUAAAUAGGCGGCCCUCACCUCGCCUCAGUCUUCAAUUUACGAGGUUCUUGGGACAGCGAGCGGGAGCGAUCGCGCGGACCUUGGGUUCUUGCGUUUCUCCGAGUCGAUCGAUCGGACGGGCGAUUAUGGCGACAGCGGCGGGCGAUGCGAAGAAGACGAUAACGUUGCGGAGCUCCGACGGGGAGGAGUUCGAGGUGGAGGAGGCGGCGGCGAAGCAGUCGACGACGAUCACGAACAUCAUCGAGGACGGGUGCGCCGACGGCGGGGUCCCCGUCUCCAACGUCAACGGCAAAGUCCUCGCCAAGGUCCUCGAGUACUGCAAGAAGCACGCCGACUUUGCCGCCACUGAGGAGGAGAUCGCCGCCUGGGACGACGAGUACAUCAGCGUGGAGCAGGACGUCCUCUACGAGGUCAUCGUGGCCUCCAACUAUCUGAACAUCAAAAGCCUUUUCGAGCUCGGCUGCCAAAGAGCGGCUGAUAUGAUCAAGGGAAGGACUCUCGCGGAGAUCCGGCAGUGGUUCAAAAUCCCGAAUGACUUCUCUGCUGAGGAAUUGCGAGAGGUCGAGAGGGAGAUGUUAUGGGCCUUUGAAUAAAGGAAAAGAAAGGAUGGAGCUCUUUACACUUGCUAUGCUCAUACAGGGUUGAUAACUGGUAGCUGCAACAUAGAAAUGAUUAAGAGAUGCAGAGCAUCAAAAAUUUGGCAGGACCUUUUUCUUGCUCUCCUUCUUUAGUCGAUAUAGUCAGAUUGGUAUACGCAUGCACCUCACUGUUUUGGAUGCAGGCAAUGGUUAAAAAGUUUUGAACGUUUCCAAGUAAUUCUGUUCCUUGAAAUAAUGGUGGCCUAUCAAUUCUGUUGAAUCUAUCAUUACUCAUUCCUCA